AUGGCGAGCGCAAAAAUAACGCCCAUGUUCAGUGACUACGUUUACGACGCGAUCCGGCGGGUUGCGAUCGAGCAGGGUUUCACGCCCGAUCUUUUCUCGGUCGAUUUUGACGAGGAGACGCGGCUCGAGUGUGACGGAUUCGUCAGUUUCGUGUUCAAGGCCAUCAUCAAUGGGGAUGAUCGUGAGUUUACGGUCUGGUGUAAAGUGCCACCGAACGGAGACCAACGCUCGCUGGAGCUGUUCAAGCGCGAGUGCUUCUUCUAUCGCGAAACCCUGAACGGGUUCUACGAGUUCCAGGCCGAAAAGGGCUUGUCCGAAGAAUCAGGUGAUGGGUUCUACGCGACACCCCGGUGCUAUCUGGCACACUGUGAUACUGACAAACCGGAACCGGAAGCACUCAUCAUGCUCGAGUAUAACGAAGCGUUUGAGAAGUGGGACUGGGACAAGCUCGAACCGAUCAACCUGGAGCACACGCGGUUGUUGAUGCAGCAACUCGGCCGGUUGCAUGCGUUGUCGUUCGCGAUGAAAGACCAACGGCCAGAGGCUUUCGAGCAGUACAAACAGGCUGGUGUGCUGGCCGGGGACCGAGACAGUGGAUUGAUCACACUGAUGAAGGAGUCCUUCGAUCGGGCACUCACCACCAUGAAGACACGGUUCGAGUCCGAACGGGAGCGCAUCCUUGCCGCCAAGGAUGCAGUGUUUGAACAACUCCGGGCUAGUUGUGAUCCAGCACGGGCCGAACCAUACUGUGUGGUCACGCACGGGGACUGCUGGAUCAAUAAUCUAAUCUACUCGCACAACGAGAACAACGUAGCCACGGGGGUCAUUCUUACGGAUUGGCAAUCGUCACGGUACGCCUCACCCAUCCUGGAUCUGUGCUACUUCUUCUUCAUCUCGGCCGGUGAGCAGUUCCGGCGGGAACACCUGGACAGCCUGUUGCACCACUACCACGGUGCGUUGGCGGAGUUCCUCGAACGGCUUGGUGGAGACGCAUCGCGGCAGUUCCCACUCACCACGUUGCUUCGGUUGAUGAAGCCCUACCGGGAGUUGCUGGGUCCUUGGGCAGGUUGACCUUGAGUUCGUUGUCAAGGUCAACACCCAGGGAGUGGCACCCGGAUCCCGAUGCGCUUUCAGACAGCCAUUUGCUAAGAUGCGUGGUGAAGUAUCGGUCGGAGGGUGCUAAAACACCAAAAAGGUGCUCCCGGUGCAGAACGAGUAGACGAACCAUACAAUCCCCGUGAACGAUAAUGGCUUGGGAACGAUCUGAAAGUCCGCCACUCUUCCCCAGAUGGUGACGAGCCAUAAAUAUACGUACAGAUAAG